AUAAAUUACAACGAAUUGCCGGCAACCAGUUUCAUCUGUCAAUAACAGCUGAUAAACGGUUGUGUGAAAAUUACUUCAAAGUUGUUUUGUAAUUCAGGAUGGCUGCAACAAAGACUUUGCGCUCAUUAUUACAAGAGCUACGUUCGGCUUCACCUAAAGGCUGCAUUAAAAACUCCCUGGCCGCGCGAUAUAUCCUGGCACAAUACAAGAAAUAUUCCACAACAGAUCUGCAAUUGUGUAAGGCGCGAGAUGAGGCGUUAUUUUUGGGUCAAACUUAUUUAACAUACUUAUCCAGUUUGCGAAAAUACAACGAAUUGUACAAAGAUUACCAUGGUCGUGGUGAACGCAGCGUCAAAGAAACUGCGGAUUUAGUUGGCUUCAAAUUGCCAACUGAUCCCAAAUAGAAAAAUUUAAAAGAUAUAUAACGAUGAAAUUAACUCCAUUUGGUUCAUUAAUAUACUAAAAUAUUACUGUAGAAAUAGCUUAACCUAAUUUUGAAAUGAAUUUGGUGUUUUCGUUCAAUAAUAUCAAUGCAAGAAGAACGUAAAAUGAUUUUGGUAUAUUAUUUGGCCUUAAGGAAUGAAAAAUGUUAGUAAUAUAUAUAAUGUAAUAAUGUGAAUUGAAUUUUUGUGCGCUUCAAUAAUACCAAAGCAAUGUUGCAGAUUACUGUGAAA